AUGCGCCUCUUCCUGAUCCCCAUCUCGACGCGACGAGCAUUGAUUUACGCUCGGCCACUACGACGCGACGCCUCGAAAGAGUUAUCACUACUCGACCGAACAACAAGCAAGGCUGCCGAGACAUGGGCGAAAUGGGAAGAGGCUGAGUCAGGCUGGAAGAAGCACCUUGUCACUUGGGGCAAUCGGGUUCAACAGCGCAUCCCUUUCGAAGAAUGGGGACUUAAGAGCAUCCCAUCGCUCAAGUCACAACAGCGCAUAGAUGAGAAUUACAACACCAAGCAAAUCGAUGUGCUCUAUCCUGGAAACUCGGUGCGCCUCGAGAAUGUCCCGAAUAUGCUGCGCAAGAUCGCGACGGAGCGACAGGAGUUUCAUAGGAAGAAAAUGUGGUGGAGCUUUGUCAUUGCUCCCCUGACAGCUCCUUUUGCACUGGUUCCAGUGGUCCCGAAUAUUCCGUUCUUCUACAUGGCCUACCGAGGCUGGUCACAUUGGCGCGCGCUGAAUGGUUCGCGACACCUGGAAUUCCUUGUGGAGAAGAACCUCCUUAAUCCUACUACCCUACCCGAACUCGAGCAGCUAUACGCCAAGCGCGCAUCGCGUAUACUUGAUGGUACCUCGGUCGAUACCCAAUCAUCCGAGUUAAUUGAGGAUAUCGAACAGGGGGACGACCGUGUGCUACUAAAGAUGUCCGAUGCGAAGAAGUUGGCCUCGAUCCUAGAUGCCCCCGAGCUGGCUCUAGAGGCUGAGCGGGCCAUCGUCCAAGUCACUGAGCAGCUGGAAGCCCAGAAGAAGAAAGAAAAGGAGGCCCAAUCUGAGGAGAAGAAGAAUUCAUGA